UUUCAGUGUCCAUUCAUCUGUAAUUUUUGAGACUGCUUCAUUUUCGAAGCCUCCCGAACGCAAUCGAAGCCUCCGCCCCAAACCAGUCUACGUCUACAACUCAGUCAACAUCUCUACCACCGUCCUGCCACCAUGCCUGAGCUCCUUCCCAUCAACGGCGGGACAUACUAUUUAUGGAAAUAUGUACCAUCCGUUCCAGCCUCGGCAAUCUUCGCCAUAGCCUGGCUCGUCAUCGCGGCUCUUCUCAGCUGGCGCAUGCAUACGACGCGGACGUGGUUCUGCUCAGCCUUCAUCAUUGGAUGCUUCAUGGAGUUCGUCGGUUAUUGCGCGCGUGCCGCCGCCGGGAAUCACACCAAUGCAAUUGUGCCGUACGUCGUCCAGAGUACCAUGAUACUUCUUCCGCCUGCUCUCUUUGCUGCCACCAUCUACAUGUGCCUUGGACGUAUCAUCCUUGUCGUCGAGGCUUCACAUCUGUCCAUUAUCAGUCCCCGCUGGCUGACCGGCCUAUUCGUUACCGGCGACGUACUCUCAUUUAUAUUCCUUGGCAACUCAGCCCCGCUCACCAUCCUGAGUACCGACCAUCCUUUCCUGGCGAUCAUCGGGAAGUGGGCAGUCAUUGGAGGUCUGGCGAUUCAACUAAUCUCCUUCUCUUGUUUCGGCAUCACCGCAGUGAUUUUCCACUCUCGUAUUCGUAAACGUCCUACAGAAGCAUCCUUCCAGGUCGACCAGGCAUGGAUUAAGACUUUGCACAUGCUGUACGCUGUCAGUUUGCUUAUUAUUGUGCGUUCCAUCUUCCGUAUAAUAGAGUACGUCUCAGGCGAGAACAGCUACCUUUUAACGCACGAGUGGCCGCUCUACGUAUUCGACACAGUAACAAUGUUUGCUGUGGCCAUCGUUUUCUUCUUCCUGUACCCAAGCGAUAUCGUUAUUCGCAAGAUGAGCCACACUCCACUUCAAGAUUUCGAGCGCGAUGAAGGACUUGUACCAAAGUGUACUUAGGCAGAGCCGAGAAGACUCUUAUGUACCUUUAAAAUUAGCAAUAAGAAGCAGAAAGAUAGAGCACAGGAGGCUUAGCAUCAAUACAUCAUUAAGUUGCGACAUGUCAUUGGUAGUAAGCUGCUAGUUCUGUAAUUGAGGUGACAGCGAUAAUAGUUCCAAAGGUACACUGAUGUGCAGUGAGGGUACGGCUUGUGGAAAUACGCCUCUUAGAGGCAGUAGCUAUCAGCCUACUCCUCACCUGCAAUACAAACAUCUUAAUUCUUCUUGACGUUUGAAUCUACCUAUGAGAGAGCG